AUGCUUGACUACUCUGAGGACAAUACUGAUGAUGAACAAGAAGAACUGCCAUAUGAUGAUGAUCUACAAAAUAUAUAUCAACAUAAAUGCAAUUCACAAAAUUUAAAGAAUUUCACUUCUACAGAAAAUGUCUCUCAAACUUUGUUCACCUCGACAUCUCCACAAAUUAGCAGCCAUUCAGAAGAACAAUCAAAUCGUUACACACAACUGCCUCAGAGAAUAAAGAUACAUCUAGCAUCAUCUGCAAGGAAUAAUGAAAUUGAAAUUGCUAUGGCAACAGAGAAGGAAUUACCAGCUGGAGAUUUUAGCAAUUCAGGAAGAAAUCCACAUUUUUCCAACUCAAACAUUUCAGAUGUCCUUUCACGUCAUUUUUCCAAAGAAGAAUUAUCAAGUUCAUGCCAAUUAAUUGACUGUGAGACUAUUCCAGAGAUAUCAUAUACUGAAAGUUUUGAUGAAACUAUCCUAAAUAAAAUGAAGAUUUCAGAAAGUACAAUGAUUUCUUCUUUAAAAGAAAAAAAUUACCUUGAAGAGAUACAAAGAAAAGAAAAAUGUGGAUCCAUUGAUAAAAAUUGGGAUUUGAUCGAAGGAAAACCGUUUGUUGUAGAUGAGAGAGUGAAUUUCAGCUGUGAGAGAAAAGACUGCAAAGAGGACAAUCCACAAUUUGUAACUCGGAAAGAAGAUACAAUCGAUGAAGAGUUAAGUUAUUCUCCAAAGCCAGAAGAAGACCAAGAGCAAAAAUGUUUUCUGGAAAUGUCUUGUUCAUCUCAUAAAUUCAGAUAUGGUCAACAUCAGGUUCAUUAUCAACUUCCUGAUUUCUCUAAAGUUGCUCCAAAGGUCAAAAUACCCAAAGGAAAUAGUAAUAAAUCUAAACCUAUAAUUCAGAGAACCAAAUCUUCACCAAAUUUGCUUGGUAAAUCAAUAGUUGUGAACGGCAUUCUAGAAGCAAUGAAUUCUUUGGAUUGUAUUGCAAUAAAGAAUCAAGAUGAGGAAAUGAACGUUCCUGAAUUUGACCAGCAGCUAGAGUUGCUGACCAAACAAGCUGAGGCUCAGAAUCAUAUUGAUCAUCUACGGUUUAAUGCUAAGAUGAUUCCUAGCCCAAAUUCUUGUAGUCCAAAACUUGGCAUUAAAGCAAGAGGUACUGGAAUAACUUCUGAACUUUCUACAGUUCCACCUGUAACAGUUCCUGUGAAGCCCAUGGUUGGCUUCUCUCAAACUUCUAUUUCAGAACAGCCCUCUAAAAGAAUGGUCUCACCAUUACCAUCAGCUGGUGCAUCAGCUGUGAGUCCUCUUUUAUUGCAAAAAGCAACAGAAGGAGAAAAGUUCUCUCACAUGCUGAAGGAACAGACAGAAGAGCUGAAAACAAAAGUGGAAACAUUUUCCAAAUAUAUGGCACAAGAUAUGCUUCCCGUUGAAGAACGCCAUCAGCUUUUAAAGAUUUUAAAAGAGCAUCUUGACCAACUGGAAUGGAAUUAUUUAGACACAAAAGAGAAAUAUUGUGCCUUACACCUCCAAAAUUACAGGCACUCAUCAACAAACAUUGGAGAGUUUGAUCCUGACAGGUCAGUAGAGGGAGAAAUAUUUAAACUUGGAAUGCUGCUUGAAGAUAUCAAAGAGAAAAUAGAUAAGACAGGAAGUCCAAAUUCUUCAACUUUUGCAACCUAUCCCUCACUUACACCAUGUGAAUCUCGGUGUUCCUUUUAUUCUGAUGGAGCUGAGAGUCCAGUGAUUUCAAGCAUUAGUGAACCUCCAUCAAAGACUGCUACUGGACUGAAUAUUUUAACGAAUGAAAAAUAUGGAGAGAAUAGAAACCAUUCUGUAGAAGUGAUUCCCCAGAGAAAAUACCAGCAACCUACUCAGAGUGGCAGAUGUCAUCCCAUUCUUCAGGACCAGUUAGAUCUACAAAAGAGAACUGUCUAUGAACAAAGAAUAGUGGAGCCUCUGCAGAAAUCAAGACUGCCAGAAAACAAGCAAUCUACCCAUUAUUGCUACUUUUCAUCUGACAAAGAAACUGGAGCAUUGCAAUCCCACAGGCAGUUUCCAAUGAAUCAGAAUGGUAACACUGACAGAGAAAACACAGAUGGCUAUUGGGAAAUGAAAUCUCCACCUCCUGCCAAUCCCUACAGUACAAUCAAUCAGGAAUCUAACACAACUAGUACAGCAUUAUUGAAAGAACAAGGUGGCUUAACUUAUCCUACAGAUCACUGUUUUCUUGAGGGGCUGGAAAAUUCUGCAAAGGAACUUAAUAUAUUUAUACAUCCUAGACUAAAAAUACAAUUAUCAAGUAAAUCAAACAAACAAAUUUCUUCCUGUUCUUCCAGUAGAAAUAAAAAGACAGAGUGCAAAAAAGCAAACAGUGUGACUACAGAGUGUGAAAAAUUCUCUGUCUUCUUAGAAGGAACAACAGUGGAUCCAGAUGUAUCAGCUUUACCACAAAGGGAUAGGAAAACCCAUUUUCCCACCAUAAGAAACAACUAUUUUGAGAAGAACAGCGCGUGUGCUUGUUUGCAUAAGAAAAGCACUGCCCUCAACCAACAACCAGAAGAGUUUAUAUAUAAACUUUCUGACAGACAAAACCUACAUAUUCCCAAAACUCACUACUCAAGAACAUAUGAUACUAUUAUCCUUUCACCUCAGUACCUUGCCAGUAGGAAUCCCCAUGCAAGAUCAAGGAGUGAUCUGAGAAACAAGCAUAUUGAAGACACAGAAUCAAAGAUCUUAAACUCCACUUUGGAUCAUGUUAUACAGACUGCAAAGAACCUAAAGAAAACCACAGAACACAUGAUGAAAGUAGUUUCAGAAGAUUUAGCCAGGGCUCAAACUCAGACAUUGCCCAGUGUUACAGCAAACCAGUACUAUAUCUGAACAAGUGUUACAAGAAACUGACAGCAUCUAAAACAACUGGCUUCAGAAGCAAAAACUAAAUACAGUAUUUUCUGUUCUGUGUUAAAAAAAUUAAACUAUCAGUAAAUAAAACAGCAGAAAAUAAUUGUUACCUCCUGCUGAAAUUCAAGCAACAUGACUUAAUAAAGCAAGUUUUGCAAAAUUAUCCAUUGUUCACAUGGGCAUGUUUCUUUAUAGAACAUUUCCCAGUGCUGGUGCGGUAAAAUUCUCUAUUCCUGAAUAAUCUGGUUA